AUGAGAAUUUCCAAAAAGGAUAUCUCUUUUGGGUUUUUUAUACCAAGUGCAUCAAAGCCAGUUUCUGUAGCAGCACAUCCAGUUCAUCCUUGACUCUUAUUAGCUGAAGAAAAUAGAGUAAUUUAUUUAUGAGAUUAUUUACAAAAAUCAGUCCUUAAGGUAUAUUCUUCUAUUGAGCUUGAUGAAGAAGUAUUCGGAGGGCCGCUUAGAGAUGUCAAAUUCUUUGAUAAGCAUGUGCUCAGAUGGAAAUGGCUAAAUAAAAACACAAAUAUUACAAUAGAAGCUUUCCAAGGUAAAGGAGGAAGAUGCAAUUGAAUUGUAGUUGUGAUGGAGAAUAAAAUCGGAUUUUUUGAUUAUAUUUCAGGAGCAACAUCAACGAUUCUUCAAAGUCAGUUGGAUUUUCGCGCUUUGAAUUGUGUAGAAAUUAUAGAUUCUAGCUAUUUAGCAAUUGGCUGUGGGGAUGGAAGCAUAAAAAUCUGGGAUUGCCAAGAAUGGGAGCUUGUGAAAACUUUUCCGAAAGGGACACACACAAGAGGUAUUACUAAACUGCUAAGUUUCUCAAAAAACUUGAGAGAAAGGCCUAUUUUGCUUAGUGGGAGCUCAGAUGGAAUUUUGGCUGUUUGAAAUGUGGAUACUUGUACAGACGCCCCAGCAUUUAGAAUUCCAUCAGGCUUGUCAGCAGCUCAUAGUGGCUCUAUUGCAUCUCUAUCAUUAAAUCCUGGAUUAAUGCAACUAGUCAGCGUUGGUAGCGAAAAAACACUUGCAAUUUGAAAUGUUGCGACUUCAACUGAAAUUGCAAGAUAUAAAAAUAUGAAAGAUGGCAAUAAAAAGAAAGUCCUUGGCUCUGUUUUUUCCCAGCAUCCUCUAUUUCCUCAGUCAAUGACUUUUUGCCAUUCUGGUGGAUCACAAAUUUUAGCUAUAGACACAACAAUGCAUAAUCUGCCUAAAGACCAGAGAGAAUUUAAUAUUUUAAUUGAUCUUGCAGUUAUAAUUCCUGGAACUCAUAAAAUUCUGGAAAUCAAAAUUCAUGAGCUGCAGCCAUAUUUGUUAUUUGUGGUAACUCAGAGUGGUGUUUAUACUUUAUAUUGCUAUAAAGUGAAUAAAUGGUAAGAUCAUAUAUUAAAGCACAUUUUUUAUAUAAUAUUGAUUUUGACUUGUGCAUAGUAAAAAUUCAAUUUAGUCUAUAGUGGGCUAUAUUAUGAAAGAUUCACUGUUCCUACAUUUGGCUGGUCUCCUUUAUUUAAUACAAAUAUCAUACCAGAAAGCAUGACUUCAUCUGUCCCAAGCCAUUUUUUUUAUUGUUUUAAAGACGAUUGCUUACAAAGCGCAGUUUUUGCUAUGAAUGAAGACAAUACAAUGUCAACUCAGUUCCAUAGGCUUGAAACCUCUUCAAGAAUAAUUGGAAGCUCAAUAGAACUUACUGUCUCACCAUCAGGGAAUUUUCUGGCAGCUUUGUCGAAGCAGACUGGCUUGUAUGAUAUUUUUUUUAUAGGCUCAGAAGGCAUUAAUCCAAUGGGAAUUCCUGAGAGAGUAAAAUCUGGAUAUACAACUCAGCUUGUAUGGCAUUCUAAGUAUGAUAGAUUUGCUGUGAUCUGCCCUAUAAAUGAAGACGACACAAUUGGCUCUUUUUCUUCUAUUGUAUCCAAAAUUCUUCUUCUUGUCUAUGAAGUUUCCAAAGGCAGAGUAUCGCUCAUUUAUAGGGGUGAUGAAAUGCCAAACCCUUCUGGAAUUUUUGGAGGCAGCUUAUUAGGUAUCACUUAUACUAUAGAAAAUUCUCCCUCAACCUGCUUUUACUCCUGGGAAAGCUUAAAACAGAUUGGGGAGCCUUUUCCUGAGCCUCACUACAUUUUUUGGUCUGACAACUAUUGCAUUAUUGCUUAUAAAACAGAAUUUUACUUUUACAAAAACUACCCUGAGUUUACCUUUUUGUGAAGGAUAAACCAUAUAAUCCGGACAGGGUUUUGGUGUUAUUCAGUGUUUUUUUAUUCAACAGAUACAGAUGUGUAUUGGAUCUUGCCUUGUUUAAAAACUCCUUUUCUCUUGGCUUCACAUGGACUUGAUAUAAACCAAGAAUUGAGUUUUCAAAGUGAGGUUGUUAACCUUAAAGAGGAUAAAGAAAUUUCGGAGCUUUAUAGGAAACCUCAUGAAUGCUGCUCAAUUUUGGCCGUUUUUCAAGGAAGUUUAUUGAUGGUAAACAGCUCUUAUCAAUUAUUCAUUAUUCCUCUGACAUCUAUUUUCUUAAGAUUUUGCAUGCUUGUAGGCUCAGGGCUAGCUGCUGAGGCGUUUCCACUUACAUUUAAGAUGCACGAAAUGCUGCAGCCGAAAAUUGCUUUGUGCUUAGAAAGUCUAGGACUUCCAGAGGCUGCUUUAGAUUUGCCUUCUUUAUCAUAUAAACAAAAAAUCGAAAUUUCAAUGAAAAAUAACAUUCCUAUAGAGCUUGUAAGAAAAUAAAAUGGUGACGUUGACGGAAGUUGAACUCCGAGGCGCACCUCCUAUGGAGCUGGUAGGACCCAUUGCUGAUGAAGCUGAAUAUACAGGUCUCAUUCCUGUCAUAAGUAGGCCUUCAGUUGUGGGAAGCCGUGCCGAAAAGGAAAUUUUAUUUCUCCCCCAAGGUUUUUCCUGUCCCUGCCAGGUGGGCUAGACAGGUUUUUCCUACCACAUGGUCUUCCUUCAUCGAGACCAUCGGGGCACUCAGACAGAAGUGGCUCUGCCCAAAGGAGCUGAUCCCUUGGACAGGUGGUUUUGACCAGAAAUCAAGAUGGCGUCGGGCCUGGGAGUAUGGCCACAUCAGAACCCGACCUAGAGUCGUCUUUCGAGCUGAGGUGUUGAGGUCCGCUGGUUUCACCCACGUACGGCCUUUUAAAACUAACUAACUAACUAUAGUGCUUGUGAUUUAUAUUUAGGACAAAAAAAUAAUUGAAAAUAAACAAAUUGUUAAAGAAAUGCUGCAAAAAUCGAAAGAUCCAGAGUUUUUGAUGAAAUUGUACUCGUUUCUGAUUGAUAAAGAAUGCUAUGAAGAAGCUCUUUUAGUGGCUUCUGCAUUGAAGCAGCCAGAUUUAAUCUUAAGCACUUUUAUCAAAGCCAAAAUGCUAGGCAGAGGAGUCAUAUUGGCAAAGCGACUAGAAAAACGAGAGUAAUAAAUAUUUAGACUUGCCCAAAGAUUAGAGCAAGAACUUCUUUCUGAAUUUCCAGCAAAAUAA